AUGGUGCACCGCCAGCCAAUGUCAGAUCUCGCCUGGUACCUCAUGACCGGUUCGGUUACUCCCGGCGCUUCUGAGUGGACCACCAACGGCUGGGCCUGCAAACUGCUGAAAAUCUCUGGCUGUCGCGGCCCGGAAUACACAGCCGUGGGUCAAAGACGGGUGGUUCAGCCCAGGAAACUAUUGAACCAGAUGACGGAUGGUGGAUACGAAUCGCUCCGUCCUUGCUCCACCACCCCUGUGGCACUGUUGAUCCGUGUGACAAAAGUCGAAAACCUUACUAUGACAGCAGGCCAUAACGGAAUAGCCGGCCUCAACUCGGUCGACAAGAGUUCUUUCUUUCUUCUGCACCGGCUGGGUAGCAUGACUGACCUGACCCUAAAGGAAGGUUUGCUGAAUGACAGAUUGGGUCGGGGAGAGAGGCCCGCAGAACCGAAGGAAACAGUGACCUCAUCGGAUUACUCUUCCAAGGCAGCGGUCAGGUUCAGCCACGGCGUUCCUUCCCCUCGGCGCCAUUUGUGCACACUGCAUUCUGCAUCCAGACCGUUCGGGACCGGGCUCGGCUCAUGUGAUCGACCGUUCACCCUGGCUAGAAGCUGA